AAAACGAACACCAUCCGUAGUGUGCCACCAGCUGAGCGGCCCGUCCAGGUGUGCCGUGUACAUAAAACUUAUUUACACCACUAAUUUUACCUUUAAUUUGAACACUCCUGUUACAAUGCAAGCUUUGAGAAGUAUCAUAACGAGUAAUUACAGUGCUCUUACCUGUUGUAUGAGACAUCAUGUGGGGAGACAGUCGGCAGUGUGUAUCUUAAGAAAACAAUGUCGCUUUAUGAGUGCAGAGCCUCUGAUGGCCCCAAGUCCUGAUGGCGCACCAAAGGUUUAUCCAGAAAAGAUUCAGAGCAUUGUGUCCCAGAUCUCCCAUCUGACACUGGUGGAGGUAGCAGACCUCAAUGAACUGCUCAAGAAGACACUCAAUAUUUCUGAUGCUCCAGUCAUGGCAUAUGGAGGGAUGCCAGCACCAGCUGCUGCCCAGGAGGAAGAGGAGGAGGAAGCUGCUGCUCCAGCUAAGGUUCAGACCAGCUUUACACUUAAGAUGAAUAAAUAUGAUGAGUCCAGAAAGGUGGCUUUGAUUAAGGAAGUCAAGGCACGUCUGGAAGGUUAUAAUCUUGUACAGGCUAAGAAAUUUGUGGAGAGCUGUCCAUGUGUGGUUAAGGCUGACAUACCUAAGGAUGAGGCUGAACAGCUGUUGGAAUCCUUUAAGGCAGUAGGAGCUGAGUGUGUUAUUGAAUAGGUCGGUAAUAAGCAUACAGUAUGUCUAACUUCAUGCUGAUAUGGUAGACUGUCAUUUUAUCUAACAUAAUGCAUGAAUAUUGUUUGUACAUACCGUUUAAACUAUAAAAGUACCAGUUACAUGGAGAGAAUUGUAAUGUGUCAAAACUUUUUGUUGCUCAUAUAAGUGAGAAUUUUUGUAUGCCAUUGAUAAAAGAUUAAUACUGUACUAAUUUAAAAGUUCACUUAAGGUUGAUUGUGCAGUGAGAGAAUAAAGUAUCUUCCCGGUGUUUUUACGAAAACGUGUACUUCAUAGAACGGUUAAGCAAGGGGUUGCUAGUGACACCAUUCACUGUGAUGGAUAGUCAGAUUUCAUUAUACUUCAGCCAAAGCUGGGAAGAUAUUUUGUUCUCUCACUGUACAUUCAUAUGUAGUUUCUGAUACAUUGGUUGUUAAAGUGCAUUGGUAUUUUAAAUGUUAAAAUACUAUAGAUACCUGUACUGGCUUUAUUAAAUAAAGUACUGAAGUGGAA